GAAUCAGCAGUCCCCUAGGGAAGGGGAAUCUGAGUGAAGCCACAGUUGUCCCUUCCUCUCUCUUGCCUGCCUUCCCUUUCCUUCCCCUCCCUCAUUCAAACAAGUGGCUCUCACAAGGAGUUGCUGGAAGCCGCUGUGAGUAGGGCAGUGAGAUCCGCUUAAGGCUGGAGUCAGGAGUCAAGGGACACACGCAGGGGCUGACAGCUGUGCGGGUGCUGAUAAGGGAAGCCACAAGGAGACGAUCGAGGAGAGAGACAAGCGGCAGCAGAGGCAGCAGCGACAGAGGCAGCGCCGGGGCUGCGGAGCUGCUGGGAGUGGGAGUGACGCCCCCACCUCGGGCCCCCACCCUGUCCCCAUCCUCCUCCUGGUUGCCCUGAGUUUAGAAGAGCAGCCGCUGCCACCACCACCACUCCGGAGGGCACCAGGGCUGCUGUCCAGGGAAGGACAGUAGCAGUGAGGCUCUGGCCAGUCCCAGCAGCCGGGGACAGAUGCCGAUCGAGAUUGUGUGCAAAAUCAAAUUUGCUGAGGAGGAUGCAAAACCCAAGGAGAAGGAGGCAGGGGAUGAGCAGAGCCUCCUGGGGGCUGCUCAGGGGCCAGCAGCCCCUCGGGACCUGGCUACCUUUGCCAGCACCAGUACUCUGCAUGGGCUGGGCCGGGCCUGUGGCCCAGGCCCCCAUGGACUGCGCAGAACCCUGUGGGUACUGGCCCUACUCACCUCACUGGCUGCCUUCCUGUACCAGGCAGCCAGCCUGGCCAGGGGCUACCUGACCCGGCCUCACCUGGUAGCCAUGGACCCUGCUGCCCCAGCCCCAGUGGCGGGCUUUCCGGCUGUCACCCUCUGCAACAUCAACCGCUUCCGGCAUUCGGCACUCAGCGAUGCUGAUAUCUUCCACCUGGCCAAUCUGACAGGGCUGCCCCCCAAAGACCGGGAUGGGCACCGUGCAGCUGGCCUUCGCUACCCAGAGCCUGACAUGGUAGACAUCCUCAACCGCACUGGCCACCAGCUUGCUGACAUGCUCAAGAGCUGCAACUUCAGUGGGCACCACUGCUCCGCCAGCAACUUCUCUGUGGUCUAUACUCGCUAUGGAAAGUGUUACACCUUCAAUGCAGAUCCUCAGAGUUCACUGCCCAGCAGGGCAGGCGGCAUGGGUAGUGGCCUGGAGAUCAUGCUAGACAUCCAGCAGGAGGAAUACCUACCCAUAUGGAGGGAGACAAAUGAGACAUCAUUCGAGGCAGGGAUCCGGGUGCAGAUCCACAGCCAGGAGGAGCCUCCCUACAUCCACCAGCUGGGGUUCGGUGUGUCCCCAGGCUUCCAGACUUUUGUGUCCUGCCAGGAACAGCGGCUAACUUAUCUGCCCCAGCCUUGGGGCAACUGCCGGGCGGAAAGCAAGCUCAGGGAGCCUGAGCUUCAGGGCUACUCAGCCUAUAGUGUGUCUGCCUGCCGACUGCGCUGUGAGAAGGAGGCCGUGCUUCAGCGCUGCCACUGCCGGAUGGUGCACAUGCCAGGCAAUGAGACCAUCUGCCCGCCAAAUAUCUACAUUGAAUGUGCCGACCACACACUGGACUCCCUGGGUGGGGGCUCUGAGGGCCCAUGCUUCUGCCCUACACCCUGCAACCUGACUCGUUACGGCAAAGAGAUCUCCAUGGUCAAGAUCCCCAACAGGGGCUCUGCCAGGUACCUGGCGAGGAAGUACAACCGCAAUGAGACCUACAUAAGGGAAAACUUCUUGGUCCUGGAUGUCUUCUUUGAGGCCCUAACCUCUGAAGCCAUGGAACAGCGAGCUGCCUAUGGUCUGUCAGCCUUGCUGGGGGACCUUGGGGGACAGAUGGGCCUGUUCAUUGGGGCUAGCAUCCUCACCUUGCUGGAGAUCCUUGACUACAUCUAUGAGGUCUCCUGGGAUCGACUCAAGAGGGUGUGGCGACGGCCCAAGACCCCACUUAGGACGUCCACUGGGGGCAUCUCCACUUUGGGGCUGCAGGAACUGAAGGAACAGAGUCCCUGUCCAAAUCGAGGCCGUGCUGAGGGUGGUGGGGCUAGCAACCUGCUUCCCAACCAUCACCACCCCCACGGCCCCCCAGGAAGCCUCUUUGAAGACUUUGCUUGCUAGGAUGGUGCUGUGUGGGGAAAGUACCCAUGAAACCCCACACAUCUCCUAUUCCUGGGACAGAAGGUCUGGGGCAGCCCAGGGCUAAGGGAAGGGGUGGUGCUCACUGAGAGGCCAGGACUAGGGUCCUGCUCUCCCUGACCUAGGCUCAGCUGCCUUGCACAAGAGUCCUUCUUGUCCAUACUCCCUGCUCCCAGGCAGGUGUCCAGGAAGGGCUAGAGACCGGACUAGAGGCCCCUGAGGAGGGGAGGGAGGAAGAGAGGGAGGAAGGCGGAACCCUGGUAGAGCCCCUCUGUACAUUUGUAUAUAUUUAGGGACUGGGUGGGGGUGGGACACAGACAUAGAAGGGUGGGGCUGCAGGGGAGGGUGACACAGGAUAGUCAGGGUCCCAACCCUAAUGGCAGAAGGCAACUCCUUGGGACCUAGGCAUGUUGGGCUGGUUCUACUUCCCUCUUUCCAGGCCCAGCUCCCUCUUGGCAGGGGGAGUGGGUGGCCCAGCAGGCCUGGCCCAGCUCCCAGUUCCCCCUGUACCAGCCCCACCACAAGUUCCCUUCGUGGGGAGUGGGUGGAAAGACCUUUCAGACCUUGGCUAAGCUUAGGGGGAGAGGGAGUGGCCUUCUCAGGCCUUGCUCCCUAGAGACUGGUUUUAUAAAGUGCUGGUGAACUUGGGAAUAAAGAGACACAAAGAA